AUGCCCACCGUUCACCUGCUCGACUAUGUUGCGGGGAACAUACGUUCUUUGGUCAAUGCGAUCAACCAGGUUGGAUACGAAGUGGAAUGGGUCAAGACCCCGGAAGACGUGAAGAACGCGGACAAACUGAUUCUUCCUGGCGUCGGUCACUUUGGCCAUUGUCUCUCCCAACUCGAAAAAGGCGGCUUCCUGGGCCCAAUUCGACAGCAUAUCGAGGCAGGCAAGCCUUUCAUGGGUAUUUGUGUUGGACUGCAGGCCCUUUUCCAAGGAUCAGAGGAGGAUGCCAAAGUUCCAGGACUGGGUUUGAUCCCCAUGCGCAUCCAGCAUUUCGAUGACAAGAACAAGAGCGUGCCGCACAUCGGAUGGAACUCGGCGAUGAACACAGAACUUGCAUCCAAGAAGCAAAGCUUCUAUGGACUUAUUCCAACCAGCAAGUACUACUAUGUUCACUCCUACGCGGCCCCUUAUAACCCGGGGGUUCUUGAGAAGGAUGGCUGGUCCGUCGCCACUGCCACCUAUGGAGACGAGGAAUUUAUCGGCGCAGUCAGCCGAGGAAAUAUUUUUGGCACACAGUUCCAUCCCGAAAAGAGUGGGGUGGCGGGUCUUCGUGCAAUUCGCGCCUUUUUGAAUGGCGAUCAGUUCCAAUCCGUGUCGCUGGAUUCGAUUGCCGACAAAAGAGACGGGCUGACCCGCCGAGUCAUUGCCUGCCUUGAUGUCCGUACAAACGACAACGGCGACCUCGUGGUGACCAAAGGUGAUCAGUAUGACGUGCGAGAGAAGAGUGGUGUAGAUGCGAGUGGCCAGGUGCGAAACCUGGGAAAACCGGUCGACAUGGCCAAGAAGUACUACGAGCAAGGAGCUGAUGAAGUUACCUUCCUGAACAUCACUUCUUUCCGAAACUGCCCUCUAGCGGAUACACCUAUGCUUGAGAUCUUGCGAAGGGCGUCGGAAACCGUUUUUGUGCCAUUGACCAUUGGCGGAGGCAUCCGAGACACAGUCGACACCGAUGGCACUCAAGUUCCUGCACUUGACGUCGCAACCAUGUAUUUCAAGUCUGGCGCUGACAAAGUUAGCAUCGGAUCAGAUGCAGUUUUUGCCGCCGAGGAGUACUACCAAGCUGGCAAGAAACUGAGUGGUCGCACUCCAAUUGAGACCAUUUCCAAUGCGUACGGAAAGCAGGCCGUGGUGGUGAGCGUGGACCCUAAGCGGGUCUACGUUGAUCGACCUGAGGACACAGGCCACCACACUAUUAAGACCGCGUAUCCCAAUGCCGCAGGGCAAAGCUACUGCUGGUAUCAAUGUACUGUCAAGGGUGGUCGGGAAACCCGGGAUAUGGAUGUUCGACAACUGGUGCAGGCCGUCGAGGCCAUGGGUGCUGGAGAAAUCCUUUUGAAUUGCAUUGAUAAGGAUGGUAGUAACAGUGGGUUUGACUUGGAAUUAAUCAACGAUAUCAAGGCUUCCAUCAAGAUCCCCGUCAUUGCUUCUAGCGGAGCUGGUGUACCGAGACACUUUGCAGAGGUAUUCAGCAAGACCACUACAGAUGCCGCAUUGGGCGCAGGCAUGUUCCACCGUGGAGAAUAUACAGUAAGCCAGGUCAAAGAUCACCUUCAAGAGGAGGGAUUCCUAGUGCGCCAAUUCGAAGCCGAGAUCUAA